CAGAGUGAAAGGGAGUGGUGAGAAGUCACAUAUAAAAGCCAGUUUCUUCAGGGUGAACUGUGGCAGCAGACAGGUGCACCAGCAGGUCAAUAAUCUCAGACACCACACUUCUGAUCCAGAAUGCAAACAUUCAUAACGUUGUGUGCUCUUCUCCCGCUCCUCUGUUUUGUCCACGCAGAUGUUGUGGAACGUUUUGAGGAUGCACCAGAAUGCAUGAAGUACUUUUACAAAGAAAAGGUGCCUGAGUUGGGAGCAUCCACACCUGGUGCUGCCCGCCUCUGUCAGCGCUUUGUCAACAGGUAUCACUUUGCCACACUGUAUGACACCAUCCAUCGCAUUGCUGUCUACUCUGCCUAUCAAUUCCAGCCCAGUAAUGGAGGUGGCAGGGAGAACAGGUGGUUUGUAGAGCCACAGCUGGUAGAUCGGUCUUGGCAGGGAGAGAUGAAAGAUGGAUACUGGCUGGGGCAGGAUCACCCUGGUGUCUACCUUGGAGAGAGACAAGCUCUGAAUGAGGACUACACAAAUUCAGGCUUUGACCGUGGUCACCUCAACCCCAAUGGACACCAUCCAGUCCCUAGUCGCAACGCCACUUUUACCCUGACUAAUGUGGUUCCUCAGAACCCCAAGCUGAACCAGAAUGCCUGGAGGAUCCACGAGUCCCAGCUUACUGAGCUUUUUCUGGAGAAGUGCCCUAACGCGUACGUGCUGGUCGGUGCCAUUCCUUCUGCAGACAGCUGGAUUGUUAAAAACAAUGUUAAGCGUGUCAACAUCCCAGACUACCUGUGGAAUGCCUACUGCUGUGUGGACAACAACGACAGACCCAUUCAGAGCGGCGCUGCCAGAGCAAGAAACACAGAGGACAACUUGGUGGAGCAGCUCUCUCUGGAUAAACUGGAAACAUUCUUGCAGCAGUUCACGGCGCAGCCAGUGGGAGAGUUGUUUUACAACAAUUGCAGAGCAUAAAAGCAAUGAUGGCAGUAAAUUUAAGGAUCUUUUAAUUGUAUAUUGUUGUUUUACAACUUUUAAACCAAUGAAUCCUUACUAUUAAAUAUUAAAUAAAUGAAUAAAAAUGAGAAGCA